ACUUCUCAUCUUUUCUUAUGUCAAAACUCUCCGAGAUUGUCGCCAAUAGUCGCCAUGAUGGAUUUCGCGGCUCUCGUCACAUGACAGAUAUUAGUUCGCUCCUUCGCCGUGUGACGGCGCUAACCGCAGUUGUCAGUUUGCCAUCUGGCGUCCAGGUGCGAAAACGAUCGUUAUUCCGAUUAAAACCUGCGAUUUGCUCCGAUUCACGGAAUUCGCCGCGGAUGUACGAACUGGAUGCUGUCUGGUGCGGUCGCGCGACUCCCGGGUGAUCCUGCGUGAUCCUGAAGGAGAGGAGAAUGUAGCUGAUCCUUUCGCGGAGACUUUCAGCAAUUUGUCAAGCAAUAUAGCGAUACGAAAAGGCGGGGUGGGCGGAUCGCGACGCUCUCUCUCUCUCUCUUUCUCGUUGACAGGUCGAUGAUCAACAAUCACGCGAGCUCGAAGGGUGAAGGGCCAAGAUGUUGAGAUUCCUGUCGCGGCGAAGGGCGCGAAGCGUCCAGACAGCUUCGUCGCAGAUCAAGAAUCAGAGGUUGCCCAGCAACAAGAAUGUCGUGCAAUGCAGGGUGGUGCUGUUGGAUGGCACGGAUUUGCCUAUAGAGUUAUCAAAAAAGGCCUUGGCUAGUGACUUAUACGAACAAGUAUUUUAUAGUUUAGACUUAAUAGAAAAAGAUUAUUUUGGACUGCAAUAUACAGAUAGUAAUAAUGUUCAACAUUGGUUGGAUCCAACGAAACCUAUUAAAAAGCAAGUCAAAAUUGGACCGCCAUACACACUUAGAUUAAAAGUAAAAUUUUAUUCUUCGGAGCCCAACACUCUGCGUGAAGAAUUAACGCGGUAUCAAUUCUUUUUGCAAUUGAAGCAAGAUAUUUUGGAAGGCAAGCUUCAGUGUCCUCAUCAGGUUACGGUUCAGUUAGCUGCUCUGGCUCUCCAAUCUGAACUAGGAGAUUACGAUUCCACUAUGCAUACUGCUGCAACUGUCUCGGAAUUCCGUUUUGUGCCAAAUCAAACGGAGCAGAUGGAAUUAGAGAUACUGGAGGAAUAUACCAAGUGUUCUGGCCUCACUCCGGCACAAGCAGAAUCCACCUAUCUUAGCAAAGCCAAAUGGCUGGAUAUGUACGGCGUCGACAUGCACACCGUCCUCGGGAAGGACGCUUGCGAGUACUCUUUGGGAUUAACUCCAACUGGGAUUCUGGUUUUUGAAGGCACGCAGAAGAUAGGGCUCUUCUUCUGGCCCAAGAUCGGACGGUUGGACUUCAAGAAGAAGAAAUUGACGCUGGUGGUCGUGGAGGAGGACGACGAGGGCAGAGGCGAGCAGGAGCACACCUUUGUGUUUAGACUGGUGAACGAGAAAGCUUGCAAACAUUUAUGGAAAUGCGCGGUGGAGCAUCACGCUUUCUUCCGUCUGCGCGCGCCGGUCAAGGGCGCCAGCGGCCGUCAGAACUUCUUCCGCAUGGGUUCGCGCUUCCGUUACAGCGGCAAGACAGAGUUUCAGACGACGCAGCUGAAUAGGGCGCGUCGCACUGUCCAGUUCGAGCGACGACCGAGUCAAAGGUACGCGCGACGACAAAGUCACGUCCUUCGCGAGCGACAGCGUCAACAGCAACAAGUGGAACCACCACAACCAUCUCCACCUCCAGCUGAGGAAGAGCCCUUGCAGCGUCAACCGAGUCGAUCCAGUACAAAAUCCAGUACGGACUCGUCAAGUGUUCAGGGUACGUCAUCGCCCUUGGUAGAUUCUUUGCUGAAAUCUCUUGCCAAGGAUCAACAGCCUCUGGAAGCCAGGAACCAGACGACGGUUGUCAGCAGCGAGAAAGAAUCGGAGCCUAUGAAGACCAGCUUAACGGUUGAAACUAUCAGUAAUCAAGUGCAGCUAGUGCCUAACAAUCAAGUGGGCGGAACGUUAACAUUGCCUCCUCGAACGCCCAUUCCGCCGGAAUCUUUAAAGUGCAACAUACUGAAGGCAACUCUCGAGCAAAACAAGAAUUCGAAUUUGGUCUCUAUCACGACCGCAGACGGACCGGGAGCGAUCGCGAAGAAGAAUCAACAUUCUGAUGCGGCGGCGACCAUCGUCUCCGUAGGCGGUGAUAAGCUGACUCUCUCAGUGAGCGGCACGACAACAGCGGUGAAUCCUUCUACGGACGAUGCUGUGACCGUAACGCAUUUCUCGCUGGAUAGCUGGGGACAGAUCGAACAGAAGACGACACCGUUAAGUCCGAAAGUGUCGAAUCAGUCGCAGAAUCCUUUCAAUCCGUUCACCAACGACACUAGCAACGACGCAUCUAGCACGCAGGAAGUAACUUCCGAGGAGGAAGCGAAACCGGAGGAUGAUAAGAAGAAGAAUACGAAUCCGUUCAUAGAUUCGAAUCCGUUCUUAGGCAUACUCAAUCCCUUCAAAGAUUUACAGCCGGUCACGACAACGGAGAAGAAGGUCGAGACGGUGGAUGCGGAAAAAAUCGGAGCACGUGUCGUUAAAACCGAGGAGAUACAGACGACUACUACGACACUCACACACAAGGAUGAAAGUCAAGCGGCAUCAGACAUUAGUCCCUGGUUGGUAGCGGAUCCUUCGCAGAGUCCAACACCUGAUCAAACACCAACUAAGCAUACAGUCGUCACGAGAAAGACGGUAAUUACCACACAGUUAUAAAAUAUUUAUUAAGUACAAAGAAAAUAUGUUGAUAUACAACGCGCGAGAAAAUAUUAUAUUAUUCCAACGUGUACAUUUACUUUGAUCUUCCUCAAACUGCCUGCAUCACUUUUACACGAUGCGCUUAUAGAAUGCAUAAUGUUAGUGACAUGACGAUUAAAAUUGGACACAUACACACACACACAAAUGAACUACUUAUUUAAAAAAAUACUUUUCAUGUGAAAAGAUCCUAAGUUGUACUUAAAUAUGUAAGAGCAGCGUACCAUUGGGAAGGCAUUGCUUAAGUCAUUAUUAUAAAUUUGUGUCGGUUAAUGAGUCAUUUUAUGACGGUCACAUAAGGAUUUGCGUAAUGGAGUAAAUUUCUAUAUGUAUAGCACCACAAACAUUCCUUAAUUCUACAGUGCGUAUUAAGCUAUAACAUCUUAAGCUUAUUGCGUUGAUAAAAUAAGUGUCCUUAUCGCCCCUGCCAAUAUAUAUAUUGUAAGUAUAUAAGCAAGAGGUCUAUUCGUUUUAAUUACACAUGUUUUCUUUUUUGCAAUUUUAUAUUUUUUUCUUUCUCUACUCAAUAGAUACUCGUUAUGCUUUAAAUGCAGACAGAGUGUAGUUACAACAAAUAGACCUACAUAUUCCGCGAACAUGUAUUGCUCAUGUUCGAGUAUCGAAUUCAUGCAUUUAUAAAGUAGCAUUUUUGUACUACUAAUCAUUGUGCCUUAAAAUUUAAAGAGAACAAAUAUGCGAUAAAGAAAACCCCGCCUUGUGACUGAUUAAAAAUAUAUAAGUAUUAUAUCGUUA